AUGUCCAGGCAAUCCCGCACCCCUUCUCCCCCUCCCUUGAUGGUCACUCAUGUUGAUGAGAGACUUGAGGGUACUGACCGCGUCAGCGCUGCAACUUGGACGAGGGAGAUCAUGUGGGAUGAUCCUUACCCUCCUACUGAUGAGCAGCUGGAAGCAUUCGGACGACAGUCAUAUGACUGGCUCGAUAACAAGUACGGAUCCAGAGCCUUUAUCGGACAAAGCAGAAGAACUGGAUCUCUCCUGGUUGCGACCAUGUACAUCCCAUUUGGACUUGACGGCGGUGUUAUUUACCAGAGCACCAUUCCCCGAGGUGUCUUCCGACAGGAAAUCUCACAGUACGGCUCCACCUACGCAGUGAACUGGUGGCAUGCUGCUUCGUCCUUCGUCACAGUCACCAACCCUACCACACGCCAGCGGGAGGUCAGAAGCAACAGAGACGGGCCCCACCCCGACCACAUCCACGCGGAGGAUGUCCUUUACUACCUCGUCGAGCGAAACUACCGCGAUAGGUUCAUCCGUGGAGGAAAGUUCUACGCGCGCGAUGGUCCUAUCCGUAUCAUCGUGUAUGGAUUCAGACCCGGAUACGACUACCGUCCUCGCGAGCAGCAGACUAGGGACCCUUACAUCGGAGUCCAGGAGCUUUGCGCCCCGGGUCAUCAAAAGAAUGCCUGCUGUCAGGAUAUCUGCGCCCGCCUUGGCUGCACUUGGAUCAAGCCGCGCAUUCUCCGGGUAGCAACGAGCUCUACCAGCGCUGGUGGUGGCGGUGGCGGCGGUGCUGGAAGCAGCCGUGCACCACCUCCAGCCGGCGGUGAUGGAAGCCGCCGCUCGGGUCCCAGCAGUGGUCGGCCUGGUGCUGGAGGAGGGGACCCUUAUGGAGACAGCUCCCGCCGAUCCGAUUCAACACGGCCUGGACAUCCUGGUGGUAUGACGGAAUUAACCAUGAAGAUGUCCGGAAUGAGCGUCAAGAGUUCCAGGCGGGAUGAUACCAAGGUACGCACGGAUGGCCGUCACUCGAGCCGCAAAGAAGAGGUCCGUUCUUCUUCUCGGAGGGAGGAUGUUUAUCGCGAUGAUGGCCGUUCGAGCACCAGGCGCUCUGAAAGGGAUCCCUAUCGCGAUGACGGAAGAAGCAGCAGGCGUACAACAGAGGCUGUCUAUCGUGAUGAGCGGGACCGAUAUGGAGAGGUUCGUCGUGUGAUCAGAGGUUGA